ACAGACGGAACGACAAGGCUGAUGUUAUGAUGCGAGCAGAAAUUGAUCGAUUGAGGACCGAGCUUCAGAAGAGCGAAGACAACUUGGCAAUGGCCGAAGGAGAGCUUGACAAACAUACUUCACUUGUAACAGAUCUAACGAGAAGAGUCGACGAAUUGCAAGUAAAAGCUGAUGAGGCCGGGCGGUUGAAAGACCAAGUGGACGAGUACCGCCAUGCUGCAGACAAGCUGCAGAAAACCGAGAACGUCAUGGAGAAAUACAAGAAGAAACUCCAGGAAGGCGCUGAUCUUCGGCAGCAUGUCAAAUCACUUGAAAAACAAAAUGCAAAUCUUGUCGACAAAAACGCCUCUUUGGAGGAAGAAUAUCGUAAGGUCGCAGCGUUCAAACCGUUAAUGGAGUCCUAUAAGAAUCAAAUCUCCGAUCUGGAAGGGAAAGUUUCUACGCGUACUCAAGAAUUAGAAACUGCAAAGUUUGAGCUGGAUCAAGUGCGAACG